UAUUGUGCAUUCAGUAGAAAUUAUGUUUAUUUUGCAUAUAAUUCACAACUGCAAUAGCAAUUCACAAUAAACCUGUUAGCGUUUUGUUGUCACUCAAAUCCGAACAGCUGUAAUGUAAAUAGUUGAUAAACAUGGAAGAUCCACAAUGUGACGGCCUUGUCAAGGACAUUUUUACCAAAGUUGAUAAAUCCCUUACUGAUGAAGAAAAAAGUCGUCUAGAGGCACAAAACCAUCGUCUGGUACCAGAAUUUAAAGCACAGAAACUUGAAGAACAAGCUCAACGUCAUUGGGAUAUAUUUUACAAACGAAAUGAGACACACUUUUUCAAAGACCGCCGUUGGACAACACGUGAAUUUGAAGAGUUGUUGGAUUUUGAAGAUGAAAAACGUAAUGGAAAUAUUGGCUGUAGUAAAGAGCCGCGACGUUUGUUCGAAGUCGGUUGUGGAGUAGGAAACUUAAUAUUUCCUCUAAUAGAGGAACAAGAAGAGAAAAAACUGGAAGCUAAGCGUGCCUGGUUUUAUUAUGCAUGCGACUUUUCGCCGCGCGCUAUUGAAUUUUUGCGCUCAAAUCCACUGUAUGAUGAGCAACGCAUAAACGCCUUUCAAUGUGACAUCACCACCGAUCAAAUACAUGCGCAUAUACCGGAGAGCUCAUUGGAUAUUGUUACAAUGAUAUUCGUAUUAUCUGCUAUACAUCCAAAUAAAUUUAAUACUGUGGUAGAAAAUAUUUAUCGCUUACUAAAACCUGGUGGUGUUGUGCUUUUUCGAGAUUAUGGACGCUAUGAUAUGGCACAGUUACGUUUCAAACCCGGCAACAAAAUAGCUGAGAAUUUUUAUAUGCGACAAGAUGGAACCAGGAGCUACUUUUUCGCGGAAGCAGAACUGGCAUCAUUAUUUACAGACGCUGAUAGGUUCGAAGUUGUGGAAAAUUCUUAUGUUCACAGACGUACCUUGAAUAUUAAAGAGGGUAUAGAUGUGCCACGCAUUUUUUUGCAAUCCAAAUUUCGUAAGAGAUAACGGUAAUUGUUUUUUUUUCAAUCAUUGGGAGUCAUUUAUUAGUUGUAUUAUUUUACUUUAAUAUUAGAUAACAUCUUUUUAAUAACAUGGAAUAAAUACAUUUAAAUAUAAUAUAUCUAA